UUUCGUAUUUACGUAUUUAAUCGAAAUAUUUAUAAAUCUUUCGAAAUAAAUAAAAGGUUUGCGGGACAUAGUAAAUGGCAGAAUAUAAAACAUACAAAAACAGAAAAUGAUAACGCAAGAGCUACAUUAUUUUUACGAUUAAGAAAAAUGAUACGAGAUGCUGUUUUGGAGGGUGGUAGUACAAAACCAACGACAAAUGCAAAAUUAGCACGUGUUAUAGAAUAUUGCAAAAAAUCAAACAUGCCCUCAUCAUCGAUAAAUAGUGUGCUUGAAAAAAUUACUAAUUCAAAAGAAAAAACUCAGUCUGCUUUAAUAGAAAUCAAUGGGCCAAAAAAUUGUAUCAUGAUUUUAAAAAUUGUAUCAGAUAAUAUUGUAGAUACAAAAUCACGUCUUAAUACAAUACUAAAAAAAAUCAAUGCUAAGGUUUCAGUAGGUGCAAUAAACAAUUCUUUUGAAUAUAAUGGCAUUAUAAUAACCAACAAAAAAUCUACAUUGGAAAAGGCAACAGAGGAUGCAAUAAAUGUUGGAGCUUCAGAUAUUGAGAAUAUGGAAGAUGAUGACAAAAAAUAUUAUAAGUUCAUAUGUGAGCCACAACUUUUAUCAAAAAUAACAACCAAAUUGAAAAGUCUUGAUUAUCAUAUUAUUGAUAUAAGAGAAGAAUUAACUCCACUAUUUGUUAUAAAAUUAAGUGAUGAUGAUCUAAAAAUAGUCAAAUUAGCUCAAGAGAAACUUUUAAAAAUAGAUGAAAUAGAAGAAAUAUAUGAUAAUAUAGAUCAUGAUAAUUUAUGAAAUUAAAUAUCAAUUAUAGUAUCUAAAAAUUAAAAAUAUAAACAACGCAUAUUAG